UUGCUGUGAGGCACUUAUUACUCUCUCUGUGCAAGAAAAGGGAGCAGAAGAGAAGCAUGGAAGUUUUAUUUUUAAAAUUCCAAAUACUCGUGUUUAUGAAUGUUUUCUGAACGGCAAAAAUCCAACCAAAGUGGGAUCACUUCUUCAAUUUUGUAUCCUUCUUCGUUUAAGUCGGUUUCCCCACAAGGAUGCCUUUCAUUUGUUAGCACUGGGCUGUAUCAUAAAAGUGUUGGUCUGUGGAGUUCUUUUUCUUGUUCAUUUUAGUUUCCUUUCUUUCUAAGAGAUCUACCUCCAUACCCUUCUCUUGUUCAUCAUCAUCAUCAUCAUCCUCCUCCUCAUCAUCACACAAAGGGAACCACGAGCAACAGUGAAUUUUAGCAAAGCAGUAAUUCGCAUGCCGUAGAGAAAGGGUGCUUUGGUGCAUUUAAAGAAAUGGCAACAGCAGCCGGCGUGGAUCAUUUUGCAGCAGAAUGUUUAGUGUCAAUGUCCAGUCGGGCCAUCGUUCACGAUCCGAAACUGGAUAUAGAGGAUAAGGCUGAAGAAGCGUCUGUGCAGAAAAUCGGAGAUGAUAAUAAGGAAGCGCCGGUGAAAGAUAAUUCUUCCCUGUUUAUGGUUGCCAGGAUUUUGGCAGACUUAAACCAGCAGACCCCUGAUGGUCCUGCAGAACAACCAAAAAUAUCAGAAGACAUCAAAGUGCCGAGCAUUUCGACAGAGGAUGCCGGGUUUAAAAGUGUCACCAAGCCCGGCAAAAAUGAUGGAUACCGUGCCACACCUACCACCCUAACCGACCCGGGUCCUAAACAAAGAAACAGGCGUGGGAGAAGCCGAAUCGAGCACGAAUCUCCCCAGAAAAAGCACAAAUGCCAUUAUUCUGGCUGUGAAAAAGUUUAUGGCAAAUCAUCCCAUCUUAAAGCACACCUAAGGACACAUACAGGUGAACGGCCAUUUCCCUGCACUUGGCCCAACUGCAACAAGAAGUUUGCCCGCUCGGAUGAGCUCGCCCGCCACUACCGCACACACACUGGGGAGAAGAAGUUCGGCUGCCCACUCUGUGAGAAACGCUUCAUGCGCAGCGACCACCUGAUGAAGCACGCCCGCCGGCACUCCGACUUUGAACCCAGCAUGCUGAAGCGGCCAUACGGCAGCGGAGCCAACACCCGCACAGGUUCUCUCAGCGACUACAGCCGUUCGGACGCUUCCAGUCCUACUCUCAGCCCUGCCAGCUCGCCUUAGCCCAUCUGCACUGAACGCCUGCACUUUUCCUCUGCCAGACACUUCCCAGUUUUGUGGAUUUUUUUAAUUUUUAUUUUAUUUUUGUAACUCUCAUGUUGCACAGCUGUCAGAACUGCUAAUAAUCUGCUUAUUGUAAAAGUACAUAGCUGCCUAUAUUAGUGCAAUCCCUUGAGAAAAUGAUCUCAAACAUUUCCA